AUGACUCUGCGAUCUUUCUCCACCUCCACCCUUCACGUUCUCAACCCAUAACAAAACGUCGCCAAAUUCGUUUGGUUUUCGCUGUCUGUAUUGAGUAAAUACACUACAGGAUCAAAUCGGACGAAACUAUAGAAGUAUAACCGUAUAGCCGACAAGCAGAAGUUUGAGAUGUGAAAUAAGAAAGAAACUUAAUCCCAAGGGAUGUAAAAGACUGAAAAGCAGACCGAAGAUACAAGGCGGGCGCGUAACGGGACAGCACGGAAAAGAUUUGUUGUAAACCCCAGGAAAACUAUGGGAACGUGUGGUUACUGACGAAUAACUACCAACGCAAAAUUAGACAAACGCAUUUCUUCAAGAAGAUAUAGAGGCCUCGUGCCACACACAUGUUAGGGAAAUUGGGAAUGGAUGGAGAGAAGGAAAAAGAACGAGAGAGAGGAGAUGAAAAAGAGUGUGAUGAGGCAGAGGAGGAUGCAGAGGGGGCAAGUUUGGUCUGGCAAGAGACGUACCCCAAUGAUGACCUAGGCUUACCCAUAAUGCACUGGGAGGAUCUAAGUCUUCGCAUUGCUGAACUUGAGAAGCAGCAGGAGGAGAGAAGACAGAGGGAAAAGGAUUUAGACAGGCUGACAGUACAAUGGCCAGAAAUCAGGGGGCUGAGCAGUCACAGGGAAACUUAUGACGACAUGGAGGAUGAUUGCAACAGUCGUCUGACUGCUCUAACGUCAAGGCUUCAGAGCCAAACGAAUCUACAGCUCUGUUUCAUCAACAACAGUGAAAGUGAGGAGGAAGAAGAGGAAAUGGAGGCAAAGAAAGAGGUGCCAAAACAAUCCAGUAAGAGUGGAAACAAGCAGAGGUUAGAAAGGCAGCAAGGUUCCAGCUCUACAUCGACUAAGAAAGCCAGAUCAAGAGGAUUCAAGAAUGAUGUCAGAGCUGCACUGAGUGUGCUCAAACACAAGUUCAGCCUGGAGCAAAAACAGACCGUAUCUCCCAGUGAGGCUGUCAGAGACAGGAAGCACUAUGAGCGAAGUGACUUGAAGAACUUAAGCUUGAAGAAGCUGAAAGCAUUAAGGACCUCACUAAGCAAAGACAUUCAAGACCUCAGUUCAGAGCUGGUGGCUCGACUUCUCACAAGGGACCAGCUGAGGACAGAGCAAGAUGCCCUGCUACUGGAGGCACAAGAUAUGACAUCACUAUGAUGUACAGUCAGAAGGAACAAAAAUUACAAGACAUUUGUUUACAAGACCUGCAAACUGUCCAUGAGCUACCUAAACUAAUAGACUGCUGUGAAAAGCAACAACACUCCAUCUCGACAGAAGACUUGUGGUUUGAACCAUUUUUAUUCAAUUUUUAUGCAGUUUUAAGGCACAGAUGAGAUGGGGAGAACUAUUCCAAAUCAAAUUGUUUUUAAACAAUAAUCGUCCUUUUUACGACUUCAAACAUUUUAUAGUCACACUUUAUUUGAUUGUUUGUUGAAGCUGUAGUUUAAUUGACAGCAGUUUACAUUUGUACAAUUAUUAUGUCAAAGAGAUAAACUUACAGUUGUAUAAUAGCACUAUAUCGCUGCUGUAAACCUGAAUGAGUGAUUUUUAUUUUUUGCCAUAAAUCAUUAUUAUUAGUCCGCCUUUAUGUUUGUCACUGGGUUUUGCGAAUAUCUAACAAAAAAGUAUUAAAAAUUGCUUGUCACCUUUGACAACACAGUAUUGCUGUGUACAUCCAAGGUUUAGGAAGGAAAGUGACGAUAUGCAUCAAUGGACCGUAUAUUAUGUGCCAUAUACUGUAUGUAGUGCCUUUACUAAACAUUUUUGAUUGGCAUAGCUAAUUAUACCAAGUUUUCAUUGAAUGUUAAAUACAAAUAAAAUACAGGUUACUAUUUCAUACUAUUUGGGAAAAUAUAACGCAUGUGUUUAAACAUUACACUGCCAAGCAACUCAUGACUGGAUUGUUACUGUUUGUGAAAUACUAAAAUAUUUGUUGUUUUGAGGAAUAAAAGGGAUUUGAAUAAG